UGAACUAACUCUGUUACUUUCAACAGGUAGUCAUAAUUUUCAACCAAAAAUUGUUGUUUAUCCGAAAAUACAAAAAUAUGAAGUCAAUAAGAAAGUGUAUUUGCUGUUAUUUGCUGUGAUUUGCUGAGUAAAUUAUUUUAAAUUUGCAAUGAAAAUUAAUUUUAAAAGCUACUGCGCUGACACCUUUCGUCAGUUUUGAUAAACAGGAGAGCACAUGUGCAGCUGUGGAAAUGUCAAACUCGGGCGGGUUGAAGCGGAAAGCGGACAACCAUGAUGGAAAACACGACAAGAAAAGACCGGUGCCACCUUGGGCAUUGGGGCUUAAGUCUUCGAUGGAAGACCCCGCACUUAGGGUCGAAGACGAUGACAAAGUUGUCAUAAUAAAGGACAAAUACCCAAAGGCAAGACAGCAUUACCUUAUCUUACCAAAGGAAGAUAUCUGCAACUUGAAAAGUCUAAAUGCUGAGCAUAUUCCUUUGCUGAAACACAUGCAGAAAAAAGGACAAGAACUUGCAGACAAGUCUCCUCAAUGUCAGUUUAGGCUGGGAUAUCAUGGAAUUCCAAGCAUGAGCCAAGUUCAUCUUCAUGUUAUUAGUCAAGACUUUGACUCACCAUGCCUAAAAACUAAGAAACAUUGGAAUUCUUUUACCUCAGAAUAUUUCAUAGACUCCUCAGAUGUCAUAAAACAGUUAGAAGAGAAAGGCUCAGUCAAAGUGGAUACUGGGAAAUUUGAAGGUUAUCUAAAGCAAGCCUUAAAGUGCCAUGUAUGCAAAAAGGAUUUCAAAACCAUGCCUGCCCUCAAGUCCCACAUUUUACAGCACGCUCCGAAGAAAACCUCCUGACGCACGAGCUUAAGACAGUUUGUCUUUGCGAAAUGUUUCCUUUUCUUCAAAUGUUCUUGAUGAUAUGUGGUACAGUAUAAAUGGAUGGCACUUGCACAUUGAAGAAAUAUAUUCUAUCCUGUUUAAAAAAGUUUAUGAAGAUUCUUGUUUGUGCUGAAAUGUUGAAAUUGUUGGAACAUACACAAUUGAAAUAAAUAAUCCUGAAUAUU